UUGAACUGAUCAGUCGUAAGUUGGACGCGAAUGAGUAAAUAUAUGAGUAUACUCUUCCGCUUGGUCAACUGAGAAUUCAUUUGUUCAGUUGUGAAUUGUUACAGAAAGUGACGUCGCGCGGUAUUUCGGAAGUGUCUCGGUUUUGUGUCACGUUCUGACGAAUCAGAGGGUCAGAAGAAAGUAUUGGAUUGCACGACGAGACUUCUGGUGCUUACAAACAACGGAAGAGUGGAAUUAAAUAACCGGCACCGAGACCAACACCGAAAGGAUACUUACUUCCGUUUGGCUUUUUAUGUGUGAGGGGAUGUGAAGAAGAAGAAGCAGUGUGACAUCGCCAUGGAAUAAACAGAUGGAACCGUCUGCUGAGAGUGUGUCGUGUAAUUAAGAGUGGUUUGAACGGAAUUGCUUCUGGAGCGAUGAAAGGAUGCUAAGUGGUGUGGAUUCAGUGUGAUGUGGAUAGAGCUCUCGAGAUUGAUUAGUGAACGUUUGUUCUGAAACUUGUCGCAGGUGCGUGGAUGCUCUGUGUUAACGUUCGCCAUGAAUGCCAUAGCCAAGAUGUACCCGAAACUGAGUGCCGUCGAGCUGUCAGCGAUUCUGAUGAAAGGUGCUGCAAUGUCGGCCGCUUCUCUGGAACGAGAUUCCGGUUUCAAUUCGGGCAGCUCGGAACAUGAAGAUGAUCUCAAAAGUUUGGACCAGAGUUCCAGGGAUGGAAUAAUCAGUCCGGAGAAUAGCUCCGAGGAUUCGGUGGAAGUAAAGUUGCCUCAACCCUCGGUCAUUAAAAACAAGCGGAAAAGUACCGAACCUCUUAGGAUAAUCACAGAAUCGGAAUCGCUCGGACCGAUCAAGAAGCGCAUCCGCUACGAGGAACGGUUAAGCCAAGGGAAGGAAAUCCCAGAUCACCAUGUCGGGGGUAAUCCAUUCCGACCAUGGGCACCAAGUGAAGAAAUGCCCAACGGUCAUCCACUACCAGCCCACUUCCUUAACCCUGCAGAUCUUCUGGUCAGACACCCCGGAGUUACGACACUUCAUCGUGCCAUCAGCAUUAAACCCUUGGAUCAACUCCAGCAACAGAUCCAACCAGCCAUCCGCCCAUCAGCGACCUCCCCUCCGAUACCCCACCAGCAGCAGCCCCUUGCAUUGGUGUCCAAAAAAUCCCUCUCCGCCAAAUCCCAAGAGAAAAUCGAAGAAGACUCCCGGCGGAACCAUCUACAGCACUCGCUGCAUCCCCCGAACCAACCAGCGGUGUUCGUACCUCCCCAGCCCAUUGUCGGUGAACCGUCGGGAUCCUCGACGAAGCCACUGCAUCCGCGUAACUACAAAAACAUGACCCGCGAGCGACGAAUCGAAGCGAACGCCCGCGAGCGAACCCGGGUGCAUACGAUCUCGGCGGCGUACGAAAAACUCCGCCAGGCCGUCCCUUCGUACUCCAACUCGCAAAAGCUGUCCAAGCUGUCGAUUCUGCGGAUCGCUUGUUCCUACAUUCUAACCCUCAGCAGGAUGGCGGGAGAGGAUUACAGUGCCGACGGUUCCGAGCCGUCGCUCGACGAUUGCGUUGAGAUGGUGACGAAAACCAUCCAAACCGAAGGGAAAAUUAAGAAGAAAAAAGACGACUGAAGGUGUCAAUCAAAGCGGGGAACGCGGUGUGGUGUUUGUGAUAAUAGGCGCGGUGAAAAGCCCCUCAAACGCAUAGCAAUAGAGGGAGCUGUCAAACAGAAUUUGGGUGACUUUCGGUUUGAAGUAUCGCGCGCAGAUCAGAUGAUGGUGAAACAACUCCAUUUUUUUUGCUGUCGUAGGUUUAGGUCCAAAAUCGUUAUUUAUUCUGCUACCUUAGUCGCAUGUUGUGUAAGUUCAUUUUUUCCGAGAAUCUCAGUUGAAACUAAAAGUUAGACUUUUAAGCGAAGAUAUCGAUAGUACAAAUAGAUGGAACGCAGAAACGUUGCAGGUCUGAUUCGUCGCCAUAAUGCGAAAUUUGAGACAAUAAUAUCUCUGAAAAAAAAAACUAAAAAUCAAGCAAACAAUAAAAACAGAGUUGUGAUUUUACAGUAGAUUUCACAAAGAAAACAGCGAGUGCCAUACGCCAAACUAACAUCUGUUUCAAACUAUAUUAGUCCACGAAGCACAAACAACAAGCAUUUUUGCCAAAACAAGCCAAGCGCAGCUCUCAGCUGAAUGAAUCAUUCACACUAAUGAGCAGAAAACAUAAUAUUUUAUCGCCCCCAGAGUCACGCUCUCAUAGUGGGGUUAAUGGUUUUCAACAAAUAAAUAACUGGUCCUUAGUAGAUAGUACAUGUAAAAAUUUCGAUAAGUACGAUAAGCCAUAAUUUAUAUUUAUAAGCAAAUCAAAUUUGUGAUUGUUUUGUACACAAUUUUAUGUCCUACACAAUAUCCAAAACUCUACUU